GGACCAUCAAUGCAGGCUCUCUAACAUCGUCAUGAAGGCGGGGAGGUACGCCACAUCCCGGCAAAAGGCUUGCCAGCACUGUUCGAAUGCCAAGGCAAAAUGUGAUCGCAGAGCAGGACGCUGUGCCCGAUGUGCCAACCGAGGCCUGCCUUGCUCUUUUCUCCGGGCUGUACCAUCUGGAGGCUCUGACCGUGAUAUGGGUGACAACAGCGUAGCAGGAUUGACUAGUCCCGUUUCUAUAUCCAACCUUCUCUCCCCAUCCGAAGGUCUGCUUCUGAGUCCUGGGCUUCCAAGUCCAGAGGGGGACUUGUCUGCCGAAACAGACAUGCGGAGAUCAAUUGUUGGAUCGACACAGUCUAUGCCUGGCAAUAGUUCGCCCAACUAUGCUUCGACGAUUUUCACUGCAAAUCACGUGGUAAAGGAUUUAGAACCGAAUACCACAGACCGCGAGUCCCAGAACCUGGAGACUCUUGAUUUCUCGCGCCUGGAGCUCCUUUGCCCCAUCAAUGUCGACGAUAUCAGCAACCGCUGGCUGCAUACUUACGUGCCCGUUCCCGGACAGAAGGUCAAAGCAUACACCCCUGCUACCGCGACUUUCAUCUAUCGGAUGCUGAAGUCGUAUGCAGCUCUCACCGUACACGGUCGCGGUGUUCCGCCAUUUGUGCAUUCUUUGCAGAUGAUGGAAAAAUCAUCAAAGCUCCCACUUUCAAAUUGCCUGAGUUUGGUUCAUAUCUGCGAGAAGCCAUUGCCAGGUAGCGAAGACGUCGCCGCAAACGUACUGCAAAGAGAAAUGACCAGUCUCUACGAGCAGCAUGGGACGUAUGAUGAUAUGACUCUGCUCGGAGCAUUUCAAGCAUAUCUGAUUUACUCCAUGGUCUUGUUCUUCAAUCUUAGCCAAGGUUCAAAUCCAUUCCUCCGGCAAGCGAUGAUAAACCUCCAAGAUCUUGCAUGCUCAAGUAGCCGUCGGGGACUCGUUUGUACAGCGGAGCAACAGCGAACCCGUCCGAGAUGGGAAACGUGGAUCGUCGCUGAAGCAAAACGCCGGACGCUCUACGUAAUGUACCUAUUUGACAGCGUGCUCUCAGCUCAAGACGGUCUUCCGACCUUUCUUGGCACGGAACUAGAAGGGUUGCCUGCUUCAGCUAACAAGACUUUAUGGAGGGCAGAGACGCGACGCGAAUGGGAAAUGGCGUAUAAUAUCCACCUAGCGGACUGGUUGGAAGAAGGCCUUCGAAUUGACGAACUUUGGCCGAUUCCUGCAGACCUGGAUGAAGCUGGCGUCCUCAAAAGACGCAGCAGGGUGGACCUGUGGCUAGAAAACGUGGAUGAAUUUGGAACAAUGCUCUACGCGGUCACUUGCUGUACUCAUGGUGGUUGA